GGCCAAGGAGCUGCUGGAGCAGCGCUGGGCACAGAGGCAGAGCUGGGCUGUGCUCACCCUGCAGAGGAAAUUCCGGCGCCUCCUUCAGCGCCGGCGCCUCCGCGUCCUCCAGGAGAAAGUCACGCUCAUCCAGGCUCACUUCCGAGGCUACCAGGCAAGGAAGCGUUACAGGAGGCUGAAGAAGACGUUGAUGCAAUUCAAAACCAUGAUUUUGAUCUCCAGACCUUUGGUUCAAAGGAGGAAGCGCUGCCAGGACGUGGGGCUGCUGGAGAUCCCCGCGGAGCUCGCAGCCCUCCUGCGCUUUGUGGAAGGUCGGUACCGAGCCCAGGCCAGCCAGAUAACRGAGACACAGCCCCCAGAAGUCAAGGUCAAGGAUGACCUUUCCCUCCCGCCCAACAUCAACAGCCACCCCUUCUCCUCCUUYGUCAAAUCGCACUUCCAGAAGCCAGAUUUCCCUGCCCCUGGUCAGCCUCUGCAGCAGCCCUUGACCCAYYUGGGUGCUGAGCACCAGGAGAGCGSCCUUGAGAUCAACAAAUUGAUUUUGCGAUUUAUCGGUGACAGGAGCCUCCGUGGCUGGCAGGAGGUGCUCCUGGGCAACUACAUCGCUGGCAGAGGUUUGAGUGAUGCUGCUCUGCGUGAUGAGAUCCUCAGCCARGUGGUGACCCAGACCUGGAGGAAUGCGGACAUGGAGCGCAGCCGGCGGGGCUGGGUCCUCAUGGCCACUCUGCUCAGCUGCUUCAGCCCUUCACCAGCGCUGGAGAAACCUCUGCUGAAGUUUGUGUCGGACCAUGGCACCGAGGGUUACAGCGCCKUGUGCCAGCGCAAGAUGCUGACGGCGGCGCAGCGCCCGGGCACCGAGCCUGCACCCUGCAGGGCUUACCCUCCCACCCAGCUGGAGUGGACAGCCAACCAGAGGAGAGGCAAGAUGGUGCUGGACGUGCACGCCUUCAAUGAGGAGAAAUUCUCAGCUGAGGUGGAGUCCUGGAUGACUGGAGAGCAGUAUGCAGCCUGGAUCCUGAGUGCAAGGGGCUGUGACAGGAGGACUCGAGGCUGGUCAGUCUCCAUGUUCACCGGCAGCACAUGGCAGGAUCUGCUGGGCUGUGACUUUGUGCUGGACCUCAUCGGAGAGAUGGAGGAGACCAGCAACUUCAGCAGCUCCUCCCAGCCCCGCACCGAGUACCCCAUCGCUCCAGAACGGGACAGGAGCACCCUCCAGACCUCUGACCUGGACAUGAUCCCUCCUGCUCCAGGCAUCCAGGCGCCCGCCUUCCCCCCGCCCAGCCUGCCCCCAGAGCUCRUCGGUCCCCACCCAGAUUCCAGGUUCAGGGAUGAYCUGAGGACCCCUGUAGGAUUGGAUCACUACGUGGAUGAUCUCUUCAGCCCUGUCCUGCAUCAGGGCUCCCGAGGAUCUGAUAUGGAUAACACGGAGAUUCUCAGCAGACGCAUGAAAGGAGGUGGGAAGAUUGGACCCACACAGAGAGGAAUCUUUCCUUCCACAGGCUUCCCUGGAAUGACCCAGGCACCGGUUUACCAGCCCAUGGUGGGGAUGCCAGCAGCCAUGCCCAUGAUGCCCGGGGCUGGCGGGGUUGCACCUAUGCCAGCCAUGGUGAUGCCCCAGCCCAUGAUGCCCACUGUGGAUCCCAGCCAGCUGGCAGCUCAGCAGCAAGCCUUCAUCAACCAGCAAGCCAUGCUCAUGGCCCAGCAGAUGACCCUUCAAGCCAUGAGCCUUUCCCAGCAGCAGCAGCAGGAGCAGCAGAAGCGACAAAAAUCUCUCGAGAGCUCGAGGCCAAGAGCCUCAAGCCCAGCACGAGUCUCAGCCCCAGCCACGCUCCCAAAACCCAAGAAGCCUCCCAGCAGCCAGGCAACACCACCAAGAUCUCCAGAGCCACCAGCCAGGGCAAAAGAGCCGGAUUAUGGCCCCAYGGAGGAGGAGCCCUCCAGCAGUGAGGAGGAGGAGGAUUAUCCUCGGGAAACUUUCCAGCAGAAGAGAGAGUUCUUCCAAAAGAUGGGAGAGCAACACAUCCGAGUGAAGAAAGUCAGACCCAGCAAAACCUGGACUCCUCCAGCAAAACCCCAGCCAAGGGAGGAGGAGGAGGAGCAGGAGAGGAGGAGAAAAGAGGAGCAGGAAAGGAGAAAAAAGGAGGAAGAGGAGAGGAGGAGAAAAGAGGAGCAGGAGAAGAGGAAAGAAGUGAAGCCUGUCCCUAAACCAGAGCCAGCUCCUGCCACCCCUGUGCCACCUCCUCAGCCAAAGCCAAAGAAGGAGACGCCAAGAGCCAAGAAGGAGCCGCCCGUGGUGAAGCCUUCGGGUCCCGAGUCCCGCCCUGCCCCGAGCCACGAGAUCGGCAACAUCAUCAAAAUGUACCAGAGCAGACCACCCCCCGAGCCCCAGCCCUUCGAGCCCCUCAGGAGGGCUCCCAAGCCGUUUAUAAAGAGGAACGACCCCAAAAAUGAAGCUCUGGCCAAGCUGGGAAUGAUGAGCUCCUCACCUCAGCCACCACCAUCUCCYGUGCCUCAAGAGAAGAAAACCCCUCCGCCGGUCAAGCCCAAGCCGAGCUCAGCCUCCAGCUCCAUCAAGGAGAAGCAGCUGCCUCUGCUGUCCAUCUUCAGAGCAGAGAGUGCCCCUCCAGCUCCCCAGAGCCCUCCUGCUCCCCCCGUGCCCCCACCGGUGCCCGAGGAGCUGGGCAGGCAGGAACCCACGGGGAACGGUGAGUGGGGCAGGGAGGGGCUGGAAUCAGGACAGGGACAGGGACAGAGCUUGGCAGGUGAUGAUGGCAUCAAGACCCAGCUGUACAAGCUCACCACCAGCGUCAGCUUCUCCUACGUCGACCCUGCCUGGAAAAUCUUCCUGCGCAAAGAGGUGUUUUACCCCAAAGAAAAUUUCAGCCAGCCCUACUGUCUGAACUUGCUGUGUGAACAGAUCAUCCGUGACACCUUCUCYGACUCCUGCCUUCGGAUCUCCAGGGAGGAGAAGCGCAAGAUGAAAGAUCUGCUGAUGGAGUUCCGGGUGGGCAACAAUGCCAAAUCCAUCCAGGAGGACGGGAUAAAGAAGAGGAUUGUGGUGGCCGCUCGGGAUAACUGGGCCAACUAUUUCUCCCGCCUUUUCCCAGUCCAGGGGGAGAAGGGGAGCGAUGUGCAGAUCCUGGGUGUUUCUCACCGGGGCAUGCGGCUGCUGAAGGUGGAGAAAGCRGCCGGGUACCACCCUGAGCACCUCAAGGUCCUGCGCAGCUACGGCUUUGCAGAGGUGCUGUUGGUGGAGCUGAAGGGCAGCAGCUCCCUGGAGUUCUCCCUGAAGACAGAGCAGCUCAUCCUGCACUCUCCAAAGGCUCCGUGCAUCAAGGCCAUGGUGGAGCUGUUCAUGGAGGAGCUGAGGCAGGACACCAACUACGUGGUGGCUCUGCGCAGUUACGUCGUGGAUGACAAGAGCCUGCUCAGCUUCCACAGGGGCGACCUCAUCGAGCUGCUGCCCAUGCAGGGCGUGGAGCCAGGCUGGCAGUUCGGCUCCACGGGCGGCCGCUGYGGUCUGUUCCCCACCAGCCUGGUGCAGCUGGCUCCAGCCCCYGACUACCUCAGCACCAGCAUGGACCGGCGGGCAGAACAAAGGAAGAGCAUGAAAUCCUCCCCAGAGAGCAGGAACACCAGCAGGGAGAGUUCUGUGCCCAGCCGGACGUCAGAAGCCAACAGCACCAUGCUGGUCCCUGCUGGUGACCAUUACACCAUGGCUGACUUUGCCAGAAGCUAUUUCCGAGAGGCUCAGUCUAUGCAGGGCAUGAAGAGGGUGUCUGCUGACAAGAAGAAGGUGGCUGAGCUGGUGCGGCACACCAAGGUCCCGAUCCAGGAGUCUCUGCUGCGCUACUCGGACAGCGAGCUCAGCGAGCUGGCCACCAAGAACUUCCAGACGCUGAUGAGGUUCAUGGGGGAUCAGCCAAAGCACAAGCACCACGGGAAAAGUGAGGCCGAGUGCGUCUAUGAAAUCCUUCAGCUGUGCAAGGAGAAGGAGAAUCUGAACGAUGAGAUCUACUGCCAGGUCAUCAAGCAGGUCACCCACAACCCUCACCAGGAGAGCGAGCUGCGGGGCUGGCUGCUCCUGAACCUGCUCACCGGSUACUUCCUGCCUUCCAAAGCCCUGCUGCCCUACGCCACCAAGUUCCUGCAGCUGGCCAGCAGUGAUCCAUCCAGCACCCACCACGAUAUCGCCAAGAUCUGCCAGAGCAACCUGAGGAAAAACUUCCUGUACGGGGGCCGUCGGCACCUGCCCUUCCCUGUGGAGAUGGAGGCGCUGCUGAAGGGACAUGGUGCCCGCCGGCUGGUGGUGCUGAUGCCGGGAGGAGUGGAAUACCUCACCAGGAUCAGGACAUUCACCGUGGCCAAGGAGCUCUUGCAGGAGAUCUGUGAGCAGAUGGGAGUCAGUGARCAGCAGGAGAUCCAGGACUUUGUCCUCUUUGCUGUCAGGAGAGACAACAAAAAUCUUGGUAAAAUGGUGAGGCCAAUCAAGCUGGAGGAGUAUCUCCAUGAUUACCUGCUGGAGGACAGGCUGGUYACCGUCAGCCUGCGCAGGCUCAUCUGGAGGACACCUCUGCACUUCGACAACCAAAUCUACACMAAUGUCCACUAUGGGCAGGUGCUGUGGGAUUUCCUGAACGGGAGGAUCCUGCUGACCCACUCUGCAGACACAGAGAUGCAGGUGGCACUUCUGGCGAUGCUCCAGCACUGGGCCAAGGCCGAGCAGCAGAGCUCUGCUCCCUCCAGGGACGAGCUGAAGGAAUACACUCCAAAGACCCUGCAGCCCUCCAUCGACUCCAGGGCUCUGCAGAGCCAUGUGGCCACACUGCUGAGAACAAGGCAGCCCCUCCAGCCCCAGGAUGCAAAAAUCCAGUUCAUAGAGCACGUGAUGGAAUUGCCUUUCUUUGGCUACAUCACCUUCGUGGUGGAGAGAAUCAGCGAUGCCACGGUCCCUGUGCCCUGUUUCUUUGGGGUUAACAAGGAGGAGAUCAUUGUGGUGGAUGGCACCACCCAGAUGGUGUCCCAGGCCAUUCCCCUGAAGGAGCUGCUCAAGAUGCGCACCCUGAAGCCCAUCUCCAGCGAGAGCCUUCCCGGCCUGGAGCUCAGCUACGGCUCCCCUGCCMGCCCCAGGACCAUGUGGGUGGAACUGCCACAGGCCAAAGAACUCUACCACACCAUUGUUGUCAUCCUGGAUAAAACAGAGCUGCACUCGUAGAGCCUGAGAGGAGAGUGACCAAGGAAAACAGCACUGCUUCCCUUUCUSUGAACUUGGUCAGUGCUCCCUGACCUGUCUGUGGGAGGGAACUCUUCCAGGAGACACYCUGACCUCGGCCAGCUGCUUUCUAAGAAUGCCACCGCAGUGUUUGCUGAUGGAGUGACCAUAACCCUGGUGACCUGCCAUUCAGGCCCCAAGUGCUUCCCUGAAGCAMUCCACGCUGUGGCUAAACAAACCCCAAGGGCCUCUCCACACCACAGCCCGCACCAACAAUGAGCAGCUGACCCAGGGCAAGCACUUGCCUUCGAGCUUUGCACUGUGCAACUCCGCCUUUCUGUUUGGAAUUCAUUAUCAUAGGCAAAGCCUGGUGCUUGCUAGAGAUUUGUGUAUCCCACUGCCCAGCUGAGGCUGUGCAAUGCCUGCACUGGCUGCUGGUGCCUUCCAGGAGCCAGAUCUGUCUCUGAAYUGAUAUGCAGAGGUCCUGUGGCAGGACUUGUGAAGCAGGAUUUUUGUACAAAGAAUCUCAAUGGAAAAGCAGAUCAGUGUUAAUAAUACAAUUAACACRUAUGCUGGGGCACAGAUAGAGCUGCAGUGGUAAGGAAGUUUAUUGUUAAUUAAUUUCUCACUGACAUAAUUAUAUGCAUAUGCUUCCCUCUACUAUAAAGAAGUCAGUCAUGGCCAUGCAGCUGUSAGAUGGCUCCAUGCCCAUGGAGGAAGCAUCUUCAAACAGAACUUGUAUUAUACUGAACUGUUUUGAGUUGUACAAAAAUGUUUAAUUUAUUUUUAUGGCCACGGCUCUCCUACUGCCCUUUAGGAAAUUGCAAUAAAAUAAUGACAGAGAUGUUUUGAAGGUCUGAUAUGAUACAUCUUACAU